AUGACUUCUUUUAUAGUCCAGUUAAUAGCUCAGAUUGAAGCAGGUGAAGAUGCAGGUUCACUCCUGGGAAGCAAGAAGUUGAUGGUUGGUGUUCCUAAGAAAUUUGGCUUAACAGAUUUCGUGGAUUUAGAACUGGAUUCUAGAAAUAAGAGUCAGGUCAAGAAGGCUCAGGGCUAUUCCAUUGAGGUUUUUAAAGCUACAGUGGCUUACCUUCACAAUAUUUCCGUGGAGUAUAUAGCCUCCGCAAACGAAGAUGGAAGCUGUGUUGAGGAUUACAAUGCACUUCUUGACCAGAUUCCUAAAGGAAAGUAUGAUGCUGUGGUGGGAAAUGUGACAAUUAUGGCAAAUCGGUCCAACUUUGUGGAUUUUACAUUGCCAUAUACACAAUCUGACGUGAAGAUACUUGUAAAGCUUCAACCUCGUUACCCCAGUGAGUAUGAUGUUAUGAAUGACCACAAUGUUAAGGUUGGAUACGAGGGUGGUUCAUUUAUUAGAAGCAUAUUGAAGAGUUUGAGUUUUGAGAAAUCAAGGGUGAAAAAAUACUCCACCAUUGAACAAUAUAAGGAGGCUUUAGAUAAAGGAAGCAAUAAAGGUGGUAUUGAUGCUAUUUAUGAUGAAGUUCCCUACAUCAAGGUCUUCCUCAAACACUAUGGUCCCAACCAUGCCAUGGUCGAAACUAGGCAUCACAAUAAUGAAUUUGGUUUUGCAUUUCCCAAAGGCUGUAACUUAACCUCGCACUUCUCCAGAGCCAUAUUGCAUGUGCGUGAGAGUAUAGAAAUGGAUGGGAUUGAGAAGAAAUAUUUUGGAAGCAGUGACAACGAUAAAGGCCGAGACCUAUCUACUUCAUCGUUAGAUGAUUCGAGUACCAACAGGCUCACUACUUAUAGCUUUGCAGGUUUGUUCAUGUUAAUCGGAAUUCUUUCAUUGUUAGCUUUACUAAUCUCUGGAAGUUGUAUUUGGCGGAAACCUAUUAUGCUCGCAAAAACGUGA